ACAGUAUAGAUUGGUGUUGUGGCAGACAAUAAUGAAGAUGGGCGGAGAGCCGCGAUCACGUGCGUCCCUCGUGAACUUCACAUUGCUUCGCUCACCCCUUCGAAGCAGUGAUCGUACAUGUAACUUUCAGCCACAUUCACACUUGGCAUUAAAUGUUCUAGGAUACGUCACAAACUCAACUGGAGGCAGUGGAAUUGGUAACCUCGGCGGAAAUGGCUCUACAACGAAUAGCAACACCGGCUCAGUUGGGGAUACUGAUUCAACCCCGACGACUAGCAGCACUGAUCUUAUUGGUGCCCUUAUAAACUCAACAGCCGAACUUGUUAACUCAACCGCCGGUAGCCUUCUCGGAGCGUUGCUCGGAGGCCAUGGAACACACGAUAACUCCACAAAUAUGACAGGAGUUAUUGGCAAUCUGACAAAUAGCAUGGGAUCCGGGGCCACUGACAAUAGCACCACGGGUAGCCUGCUUGAUGGGUUGAUUGGAACUCCAGAUAACAGCACGGGGUUGUUGGGAGGAUUACUUGGCAACUCUACCUCUGGCAACUCGACCGGUCUCCUAGGGGGUGUGGCAAACUCAACUGGUGGUCUUCUCUCAGGACUCCUGGGUUCAGCAGAGACUAAUAGCUCAACAACAGGCGGUGGCUCAAAUAGCACUUCACGCGGUGGCCUCCUCGACUCGGUUCUCGGCGGUCUUGGCUCUACAGCGAAUAGCAGCACUAACAGUACUUUGUCGGCUCCAACAACUGGCGGCACCACAAAUACCGAUCUUCUUGGAGCUCUUAUCAAUUCCACAGUUGCUCUCUUGAACACGACAGGCAACACUCUCUCAGACCUCGUGAAUACGACGGGCCACGCAGCUAGUAACCUUCUCAAUAUUACCUUUAGCGGCACCUUGGGGAGUCUUGUGAACACGACUAGCGACACUUUGUUAGGUAGCCUUCUUGGGAAGUUGGAUUGAUGAUUAGUAGUAGUAGCGGCGGAUGUGUUGAACUUGCG